AUGACAUAUGCCUCGUCUUACCCGUGUAACGAAAGGAUCCGACGAGAAGAAAAAAAAGAAGAAAAUAAGGACACACACAGGCCCGAAUUUUGGGCCUCGCUUGUCCGACGAGCCUUCACUUUACACCGCAUAUCGCGUACGCCCGCCUGUCCCAUCCAUCAUCCCCCCCUUGCCGUCGCACCUCUCUCGCCCGUCAACGACAACCGCAACCCGCCGGAUCUUGUGGUACGUCGGGGACCUCCUGUCGGUCUGCACUGCAGCCCCCCUCCAAAGGUCCGCAGUAGACGGACAAACAAGGCAGCACCACCACCUGAGAGUUGCGCUUCUUCUCGCCUAGAUGAACGUCUUGUCUUGUCCUGUCUUGCACGUCUUCCUCGGCACCAUGUCCAUGGCCGAGACAUCGUGGGGCUUUGGGGGACCACAAUGUGGCGCCGGCCGUACGAUGUGAGGCAAAACUUUACGUCGUGGUUCAUCAAUAGCUAAG